CACCGCUACACUUCUCAAGAAAGAAGAAAAGGAGAUGUGUAAUUUAUGCGGCACGCGUGAUGAAUGUGUUCUACAGCAGACAAUGUCCGCCAUUCAAGAUGCCACAGCAACAGACAUUGCUGCAAGAAGGGAACUCAAUGUCAUAGAAACAGCUACUGUUUCUCCCAAAAAUGGUGAGGAAAGUCAUUACACAACCCAGGUCCAGUUAAGAGAAAAUAAAACACAUACGAGUUCAGAAUUAGUGGUAAAAGAAAACAAUACAUCAUUGAAUGGAAAUGUAAUGGGGCAAGAAGAGUCACAGAACAAAACGUUCCCAGAUAAUGCAGAAAAUGAAAGUGAUAAACAAAUCGAGCACAUGACUGUUGAGAACAUAAAUGGCAACAAGGAAGAGAUUCAUGACAUAAUCCAGACAACAGAGAGGGAAAUUGAAAAGACCUCAGAAAGCCAAAGAGAAGAGAUUACCACAUCCUCAGUAGCAUGUGGUACCGCCAAUAAAUAUGUAAAUAGUCUUCUUCCCAAUGAUUCAGGGAAUAUAAAGCAACAGGAUAACAUAAUGGAAAAGGAGUACCUUGAUGCGCUGAGUGAUGCUACUGACCCCCAAGUGUCUUGUUAUAUUACAGCACCAUUAUAUGUUCUACAGCAACUAAAAUGCCAGAUAAUUAAUAGCAUGAGUUCUUUAAUAAUGAGUGAUUAUGAAGAGUUGGUCAGCAAUGUCAUCACUAUUGAAUGUUCAGAUAGGGAAAAGAAAAUUCCAUUUCCAAUAUGCAUUGCAAUUCCAUUUACUGCACAUUAUAGGGGAAAUUACAGAGACAUCAUGGUGAAAGUGUGUGACGUGAACCUUCAAUCAAGUUACUUAAACCCAAAUUCAUUGGAAGGAAUGAGAGGAAGUUAUAAGGGGAGCUGUGCUACAGUGAAAGUUUACAAGUUGGGCAUCUUUUCUGUUGUGUCUUCUUUAAAGAAGGAGUCCUUCACGGUAACUAAGAAAGGCCUCACUCUUAAGUCGAACAUGGAUUCCAGAAUAUCCUUAAAUUACCCUCCAGGAGUCUUCAGCUCACCGGUGCUUGUACAACUAAAGAUCCAACCAGUUGACCCAUCUCUGGUGGCAUAUUUAAAAACACAGCAAGAUACUUCCUACUCUGUACUAUCCACAAGCCCUCUGAUUCAUGUUCAGCACCCAUCAACUCAUCCUUUUCAGAAGCCAGUCACUGUAUUCCUACCUUGUUCUCCACAUCCUGAUAAGAAGAAUCUUGCGUCUGAGAUAGAGCAUAAAAGAACAGCUCGUGCCACAACAAACAGGAUCACACCUUCGUAUUUCAACUGGACAAAAAGCACGUCCAUAAGAAAAUCUGGGAAAAAUGCCUGUGAAUCUUUGAAAUUACUGGGAUUCAGAAGCCGAGACAGUGGUUGGUUUGUGCUUGACGAUGUCGUGGUGAGAACCGUACAGAAUGGCUUGAUAUCAUUUGAAUUGUGUGAACAUUUAGAUAGGUUUAUUGUGUUUCACCUGUCUUCUGUCGUGGACAAUAGCCAUUUGCUUACUCUUGUGAAAUCUUUAGAGGAAGCCAUGCUCAGCACCACCGCCUGCCUCGUACUGUCUCACCAGAAGGACAAUCCACACAGAAUAGCUAUUUUAGUAGUGCCUUCCAAAGACGUACACCAGACGCUUAAGAGCUUGCGUGUGGAAGGGUUUGGGGGACCUCCAGAGCCAUCUCGGCAUUUCCAAGUAAGAGAAGGAGACCAACUUCUUUUACGGUUUACUGGAAAUAUAUUUGCCUCAAGCAAUGGGAAGGAUUAUGGAAAAGACUACAAACUGAUUUUUCAUUUGCAAAGAAAACCCAGGCUGAAACUCCAAAUCAAAGAGGUGGAUGAAUUUGGAAACUAUAGCUGCCCUCAUUAUAAGGGCGCCAUUGUUGUUUAUAAAAUACCUAAAGAGAAGAUAAUCCCCAACUUGGAUCAAUCUCUCAUUGUUUAUGAAAACCAUGAGUUGCCAAUUUGCAAAUUACCAUUGAGAUUGCCAAAGCAUAAAAAAUUAAUCAACCGUCCACAGAGUACCAAAAGAAUUUCUACAGAUCCUCUAGAAGCCCUUUGGGAUAACUUGCUCCGCUGGCUGGCUGAGGAGCUCUCCGAAGAGCAAGAACAAGCCGAGUCCCUUUCCUCGUCCCUCCCUCUGCGCCGAAGCACCGUUCAGCUCAUCAGACUCAAGAGCCCUGAUGAUCUCACAGAACAGAUCCACGAACUUCUUUGCUUCUGGAAAAAAUCACUCCCAACUUCCACAGACAAACUGCGCCUCCUGGCUCGUCAUCUCCGCAAGAUUGGCAGGAGUGAUCUUGGAGAAGCUCUUAAAUUCAAGUGGGAAAAUAAAGUGUUCACUGAGCCACAGCAGUGGUUUGAUACGGCUGCCGAGUAGAAGACGGGUCGCUCUUCCUGUUGCCCUAGAAAAAGGCGCAUGGUGGGUUUUUAAGAUGGUUUCUGUCAAUAUUUUCCUAGCAGUUUCCAAGUAACAUUGUUUGAAGUUAGACUAUUUAAUAGAUAACGCUAUUGAGAAAUCAAUUGAAACAAAUGGAAAAGCACUGAUCAAACAGUAAAAGGCAUUCCUGGGUGUUUCAUGGUUGAGGGCUGUAUUUUUUGCAAACAUGACUGUUUUGAGUUCAGGUAGACCUAAUAGCAUUUGCAACAGAGUUUGCCCUGUUUACAUUUUAAUAGCUGAGGUUGCUUUCUAAGUGCAGAGAAAAAAUAUGAUGUGAAGAAUCACUUCCUUUAUUGUUAUGUACAUAAAAUUAAACUAGUAUCCAUGACUCCAAG